UAUCUAUGUAAAUAAUUAAUAUAUUGAUUUUAUAAUGUAUUUUAUAAUCGAUUGAACUUUCCAAAUUGUUUAUUCUAUUUUAAUGCUCUUAACUAAAGACUUUUUAGUGUGAGAAGCUCAGUAAGUAAAUUAACAUUAAGGAUUCUAGAAGAUGCAGCCAAAAGAUGUUUUAGAAGUUAAUACAUCCUUCUUUUCACAUCGUCAUCACUCCCACACACACACUACAUACUGUGUUUCUCAUACGUAAAACUGUACUUUAUAUACGAAUAUCCGUAACUAAAUUAUCUAAAAUUUAUCUAAAGCUGUCUCGAGAUUGUUUAAAGGUCCUAAAUAAGUCAAAUUUGUAUCGAGGGUCAUACUCCUCACACUACUUAAUAUCGGUGGAGCGUGCCAAUACUUCACACCAGACCAGUUCUAAAUUUUGAGAGAUAACGGCUCUUCAGUUUAUGAAGUAUAGCAAAUGUUUUUAUUGGCAUUUAUGUGGCUAACAUCAACUUGAAAAUGUAUAAAUCAUGUUUAAGCCGUAGCAGUCAAUCAAUAUCCAGUAAACGUGCACACAGCGGCAUCAAUACGUUUCAUCAAAAUCAAAUGAUUAAUCAAUACGAUGAUGACAUUUAGAUUUUUGCAAAUUACGUAAAAGAAUCGAUAAAAAUAGUAGUGAUUUUGCAAAUAUUUAUGCUUCUACAUACGUCUAUGCGUGUUUGCAGGAGCCGAAAUUUGGAGUAAAGCGUUACGCGAGUAACGCGUUAAAAAAACUCGCGAAAGAUUCUUCUACGUAACCGGCCGAGGUAACAUCGUCACGAUGUACGACUAAAAAUUCUAUCGACUGCACUACUACUCCGUCACACGUGAUUCACCUAUUCAAUUUACCUGUCCGCCAUUCGUCGAUUCCUACACGUGGGAGAGUGACGUCAGAACCGUCUUACAGCUGAGAGCUGUUCAGAUGAGCAGUACAUGGUCACAGGACAAGCAGCGUACCGCCAGAGACUAUGUAGGACAUGGCAUCAUAUGCCGGUGACUCCGGUACGGAACGGCGUAACGUAACAAUGGAUAGGCUACGCGCUACUUUCCAGAGAUCGAAAGUACGCGUGGUGACGCCUUGUCCAAAUUUGGAGGUACCGAAACAGGUGCGUUCGGCAUCCUUCGACGAGAUACGCUUAAAAAAUGAGGAAGAAAUUUCGGGUGGUCUACUAGAGGUACCAUCCAGGAACCAACGCUCGAGAUCGUUCGAUUCGGCCACGACACCCGAGACUACAGUGGAAACUUCCAAAUGGAAGUUGUUACGUCGUAUAUCUAGUGAUAGGAGCCCGGUACAGUGCGUACAUUGUACGUGCCUGGAAGAAUACGCGCUGCAACAGAAUGCCACCGAUAUGGAAAUAGUUGUAAAUCAAGAUACACCUGCGGAAGAUAAGUGUCAAGUCAUAGUAACGGUUUCUGGUGAUACAACGCCUAGUCAAUCACCCGAAAACGAGGUGGCCAGCACAGAAACGGUAUCUUUAGAAGUGCCAAAACAAAUUAGGUCUGCUUCUUUAGAUUCGUCGUACCUUAGUGUACCUAAGGAAGAUGAUUCUGUACAGAAAACACAAAGGUCGCGUUCGGUUGAUAUCGUCUUACCUACCGACGAUACUGCUGAAAAAAAAGCUUUCCAGGGAGAACUUAAAAUAUCCAUGGGGAAUGGGGAAACCCGAAUUCUCCGGAGUACUCCAGACUGGGAGGAAAGUGCAAUCAGCGAUGACCACCUGUGGGUUAACAGUAGUGCCUCUGGAGAUUUGUGCUACGUCGGAGAUAAUGACUGCUCAAAACAAGGUCCGAGGAUGAGGUGCCCAUCUUGCAAAAUUACUGCUCAUACUAGAUGCAUCAACACCCUAAUUGAAAAAAUGAAAUUCCAUUGUAAACCAACUUUCAAAGAUGUUGGCGUCAGGCAGUAUAGGGAGCAAACUGUGAUCCAUCAUCAUUGGGUACAUCGGAGGAGUCAAAAAGGGAAGUGUAACCAGUGUGGAAAAUCAUUCCAAUCUAAAUUACCAUUUGGUGCUAAGCAAGAAAUCUUAGCUAUCAGUUGCUCUUGGUGCAAAAUAGCGUAUCAUAAUAAGGAAACGUGUUUCAAUAUGCAAAGGAUAGGAGAACAAUGUACUUUGGGAAUUCACUCCAGUUUAAUUGUUCCUCCAUCGUGGAUUGUCAAAUUACCGAGGAAGGGUUCAUUCAAAUCCUCGCUAAGAAGAUCUCCAAAAAAGAGAGCAUCAAGUAAAAAAAAGCCCAAAAAAGAAGGUGAGAAAGAAUUGCCAAGAACUUUUGUAAUCAAACCGAUACCUUCAGUGAAUUCGAAACCAUUGUUAGUUUUCAUUAAUCCAAAAAGUGGCGGAAACCAAGGAGCUAAACUGAUGCAGAAAUUUCAAUGGUUGCUCAAUCCACGUCAAGUUUUUGAUUUAUCUCAGGGAGGUCCUGCGGCAGGGCUAGAAUUAUAUAAAAAGGUGCCAAACUUAAGAAUACUUGCAUGCGGAGGUGACGGGACAGCUGGGUGGAUUCUUUCCGUCCUGGACGAAUUAGGUAUAUCUCCACAGCCUCCACUGGCUGUCUUACCUUUGGGCACAGGAAAUGAUCUUGCAAGAGCACUAGGAUGGGGAGGAACUCUUGCUCAGGGUUACACAGAUGAACCUAUCUCUAAAAUACUAAUAAAUGUACAAGAGGGAAAUGUUACACAGUUGGAUAGGUGGGAUUUAUCUGUUCAGAAAAAUACUGAAGUCGAUCUGUCACAAUGUGAAGAGGGAAAGGAAUACUUUCCUCUUCACGUUGUUAAUAAUUAUUUUUCAUUGGGAGUUGAUGCUCACAUUGCUUUAGAAUUUCAUGAAGCAAGAGAGGCUCGUCCCGAUAAAUUUAACAGUCGACUUAGGAACAAAAUGUUCUACGGUCAGGCAGGUGGAAAAGAUCUGUUGCAGAGAAAAUGGAAGGAUUUGUGUUCCUGCGUAACAUUAGAGUGUGACGAUCAAGACUUGACUCCUCGUUUAAAAGAACUUAAAGUCCAUUCAGUAUUGUUCCUUAACAUUCCUAGUUAUGGCGGAGGUACUCAUCCAUGGGGUAAUCCCACUACUGGAUUUGAAAUGCAGAAAACAGAUGAUGGACUUAUAGAAGUAAUAGGCUUAACUACUUACCAAUUGCCAUUCCUGCAGGCAGGAGGGCAUGGGACAUGCUUAGCCCAGUGUAGAAAAGCUAGAUUAAUAACUACCAAGACUAUACCAAUGCAAGUUGACGGCGAACCAUGCAGAUUACUACCGUCAAUAAUUGAAUUAUCGCUUCGCAAUCAGGCAAAUGUUAUUUCUAAAACAAAGCAGAGACAUGACUAUGCACCAAGAAAACAAACUCUUGAAAAAUUAACUUUGGAUGUAAGAAAGUUGACGAUGAGUGAUUAUGAAACAUAUCAUUACGACAAAGAAAAACUAAAAGAACACUCUUCAAACUUGGGUUCUUUGCAUGUAAAUCAGGACACUGAUUUGCAAGAAAUACGGAGCCAUAUUAAUCAAUUGAUACAAAAUUGCUUGGAGACAGAACAUGAGUCUUCAGACGUAAUGACAGAUUGGUGCUUUCUCGAUUCAUGCACUGCGGAAAGGUUUUUCCGAAUCGAUUUUGCUCAAGAACAUCUGCAUUACGUGGUGGAUAUAUGUGCCGAUGAAGUAUUCAUACUCGAUCAAGGACUGACAGAGGUGCCAGAAACAGAGUUUAAUCCAACCGGCAACUGUGAAGAACUGAAUGUUCUGGAAGGUGAUAACAGUACUUUUGUUGUAGAUAAAGAAGAAAAAGAUUUGGAAGAUAUAACUGAAGAAUCUUCUAGUUCUGCAAUGCCUUUAACUCAAGAAAUGUUUGAAGCUGUGAAGAGUGGAAAUUUAGCAAAAUUGAAGGAUUUACAUAAAUGUGGUUGCUCGUUGUUACAUCAGGACCAAGACGGCAUGACGGUGCUUCAUUAUGCUGCCGAGCUUGGGUGUAGGGAAAUUGUCAGCUACCUUCUUACCUGUGUUCCACAUUCUACACUAGACGUAGCCGAUAAACUAACUGGCCAGACACCUCUUCACAAAGCCGUGUUAAAUAAGCAUCACACGAUCAGUUGUAUGCUGGUGUCUGCUGGUGCCUCUUUAACGUCUCUCGAUAACGAGAAUUUGACUCCAAGAGAUUUAGCCAAGCAAAUAGAAGAUAACGAUCUUGCUGACUAUCUUGAAAGUCAAGAAAGAUUCUGUACAUUUGGGAGAGAGAAGGAAACUGCUGUUUAGGAGUCAAACUUGUGUUUGUCCCCGAGCCAAGUAAAAAUUGUUCACUUAAAAGUGGAGUUUGCAGUGCAAAUCAUCCACAAAAAAUGUUAACCAACAUUUUUUAUGAACAACAAAUAUUUUUGGCCACAUUCCACUUAAAUCAAAAGAUAUUCCUUUGUAUAUGCCUGUAAAUACUUGAAAUACCGGUAGUUUUCUAGUUACUGAAUAACAAAAUGUAUGAAAAAAGUUAAAACCCACACAAACACUAAGAAAGUAAACAUGUAUUGGGUCGACAUUGUCGCGCCGAGGCUGCGAUCGUGUCCAUUAAGUAGUUUCUUUGAAACAAAAUAGUAUUAGUCGAGGAUUUUUCAGUUAAAUCAACUUAACGUAUCUGUCGACAUUCCCGACUGACUUUUGUUUUAAGCCAGGUAGAGGAGCAGACUCGUUCUUUUCCGUAAAGAUCCAAAGCAUUAUACAGGCUGUUAGGCCGAAACGUGAUAAAAGGUACUGUGAUCGAAAGUCUGGGAAGGACAAAACAAAUUUUUUAAUAAUAUAUUAUCAAAAGAAGUCUUUCUUUAGAGACAAUGUAUCUUAUGCACCGUAGAUAGGUACCAUUUAUUAUCGUUAUUAAAAAUUACUGCACCAAAUUAGUGUAGCGACUAAAAAGAAAAACACAUCACUUGAGGAAGAGUUCACAUCACCUUAUUUAAUUAAUAAUAAUAUAAUUCAUCUUCACAAAAUUAAUUAGAUUUCACCACUAGAAAUGUUAGGAAUCAUCAGUUUUAUGCAUCUUUGCCCAUGCACCAUUCACACAUACAUACAUACACACACAAACACAAACAAACACACUAUUCAUACUUCCAACUUUUGCAAUAAAAAAAAACAAACUUUGAAAAGAAUACAGUUAUGUCCCAGAUGCCGCAACAUAGUCAAUUUUACGAUAAAAGUCGAACUUUUAAAACUUUUUUUAAAGCCACGUUCCAAUAGCCAGACAUUGCCGUUCCUGCGCGAUGCAUUAGAUUUUUUAUCGUCUCCAUCCCUUUAACUGCUUGAUUUCCAACCCCGCAAUUAUCGUUUCGUCACCUGUACAAAAUGGUAAGAUAGUGUAUAAACAAAAAGUAUUUUUAUACCUGCAAAGAAAAGUCAUAUUUAACAACCGAUCGGAAACUGUUCCUCCUGUUAGAAUAAAGGAAACAUGAUUAAAUUUUUGCUUGUCAAAUUGCAGACCUUUUCUAUAAAUGCAGUUUAACGUUUAAGCGAGGACCGUGCGGACGGAUCUCCACAGCAUUAGAUUUUGUGAGUCCGAUUUGAGUCCUGACUGAAAGUGUGCAUUCAGUUGCAGAGUAGGUGCGGGACGAAUCUGGCCUUGGCCUAGUACUCACUGCCACAUGCCGCUCUUUUCGACGGGUGCUUCGCCAUCAGUCUCUCCGGAGCUGGCGCGCGGCCCUUUGAUCCUUCGCCGGAUCCACGCAGAGACGACCAUUUUCUAGGGCACUUCUUUUGUACGCGAACAGCAUUCAAACCUUCAUUUUUAAUUUCAAUCCAAAGGAAAAGCUCUAAUUUUUUAGGAUGAUGAGAGGUCAAUAUAUUUCAUCUAUUCAAAUUACAUGUGAUAUACGUCACUCCUACUAUGCACUAGCCUACAACUAUGCAGUCGAAGUACACGAGUACACUUUCCGUAUUUCCCUUUCCGUUCACGACGGAUCUCCGGCACGGUUCGACACUUCGUUCUCACUCGUUAUUCCCGCAAGAGAGUCAAAGCCAGACUCAUCUUAUUUUAAACACUAAUUUUUUUGUUCUUUUGCUUAAAUACUUAAAGCAAAAAAUAAUUAUACUGUAAGGUUGAAUGGAACAUUUAAUCGAUUUUAAUAAAUGCUAAAAGUUAAGAGUUGUGCUCCACUUAUUUCUGUCAUUUUCUAUUAUUAUUAAUUUGUUGCUUUAUCCUUUGCAUCUAAGUUACAGAUCCUCUUGGAACAUACCCGUGCAUGAAAGAUGAUGCAGAGCCGCCGUGUCGUCCAUGCGCAAUCUUAUCAAAUGCAUUAAACACAUACCAAUGUGUUUUGGAACAGAUGUGAUUAUCAAGAAGCGAGAACUAGGUCUAAGCAAAUUUUCUUUCAACUAAUAUCCUCCUUUUGAGGUUGUAUUUCGGUCUAGUUCCGGAUGUCAAAUGAAGAUUUCACAGAACCAUCAUUAUUGUACUAUGUACCUAUUUCCCAGGGGUGGGCACCAUGCAAGAGGGAUCACAUACAUACUCCUUCAUUUAUUAGAUUUUGCCAGAUGCUCCCCCAUCUUGUCUGAUUGUGCUUCCAUUGCCAUCAUCUCUCUCUUAGCAUGCUCUCUUGACCUAGUGCUUAUACUUUGAUUCUUCUGAUAUUCUGCCAAGAUUUCUUUGGUUGCCUGGUUUUGCUUCUCCCACUUUUUCAGAGUAAUUUACACACUCUUCAGUAAUUCUUCUGUUUCCUCAACAUGGCCAAAAUGCCAUACUGGACUUCCUCACCUUUUGUAUGAUGUCUCGUUUGCACCACUUUCUUGACAUCCUCAUUCUUCAUGUGGUUCCUCUGUCAUUAUGUGCACAUAUGCUUCAAAUAUCUAAUGUCACAAGUGGUAGUGAGACUCCGAUGCCUCUUCUACCCUACCCACGUCUCUCUACUAUAUAUUGAUACAGGAACCACUUCCAUAUUCCUCUGUAUCGGCUCUUGGUCACGUAAACAGAAGGCAGUGUGAAGAAUCCGGAUUUGAGCCUUGUAAAAUUAAGGAUUCUGUGAAUGUAAAACACGCCCAAACUUUGGCAUUUUGAGAGCCAAAGUUUGGGCGUGGAACGAAUCGGAUUAAUUCACAGUGGGGUGCUUAAUGCUUGGAAGAAGCCAUCCAAUUUGUUCUGGUGUGGAAGGAAACGUGUCAUGCUUUGUUCAACAAAAACAUCAAAGAUUUUAUUGGUUUUCAUGAAUUUUCUAGAGUGUAUGGAUCAUCUAGAACAGUGUUUCUUAACAGGGGACCACGGCUCCUGAGGGUCCAUAAAAGAAGUUUUUCAGGGGUCGCCAAAUUAUGCAAAAUUUCCUUCAGUGUAA